CUUGGCUGCCAGUUGCCGCAGGAAAGAGAAUCGCUGCUGCAGCCGAGUCGGGGCGCGGGAGCUGGGGAGAUGCAGACAAGAAUGAAUUGACUUCCAAAGACCCGUAAGAGUCUCCCUCUUGCUCAAGUCUCUGUUGUGAAUAUCAAAGGUGCGGACUUGCCAGAGGAUCCAUCAUCUGCAGUCUUUCUGUGCUGCAGACAAAAGACUCGAGAAAGCUGAUCUUCUAAGGAAACCAGCCUUACUGACAGAACUAACUGCUCACAGCCAUUCUUUAGCCCUCCGUGCAAACCAAACGCUGGUCCAGCUGCGCUCCUUCUUUUCUGUCUCUUGCAGGCUUACCCCCUGAUUAUCCUUGUUCUUUUCCCCCCUGAUGGCUCAGGCCAGCAUCGAGUAGGAAUCUUUUAAAAAUUUCUUCUUGGCAGUCAGCGAGAUGUCCACCACUAAAGUGCCAAUCUACCUGAAAAGGGGAAGCCGGAGAGGGAAAAAAGAGAAACUUCGUGAUAUCCUCUCCUCCGACAUGAUCAGCCCGCCGCUGGGUGACUUCCGGCAUACGAUCCAUAUCGGGAGCGGUGGGGAGAACGACAUGUUUGGUGACAUCUCUUUCCUGCAAGGGAAGUUCCAUCUCUUGCCGAGGACGGAGAGCAGUCUGAGUUCAGAUGGGGCAGGCCACUAUGUAGUACCCUUUGAGUUCUCAAGGACUGCUACUGUCUCCAGUUACGAUCCACCGUCUCUGGACAUCCCAUCACCUCUCCUAAAAAACGCAAUCUCUCUGCCAGUCAUCGGUGGCCCACAGGCUUUAACUUUGCCUUCUGCCCAAGCCCCACCCAAGCCACCACGCCUCCAUCUUGAUGACAAGGGUCAACCAGCUCACCAGUCAAAGGACCCUGCGGAGAAUCUGGCCAACGGUAGUCGAACUGCAGAGACCCGUCAUGCCCCCAAUGGCAAGUGUGUGGCCCCUCUGAAUGGGUUUGUUGAGGAAGAAAAGAAAGGGGAACCUUUUAUGUCCCAUGCUGGCUCCAUGCUCUCCCUACACGUGGACUUGGGACCGUCAAUUUUGGAUGACGUUCUCCAGGUGAUGGAGAAGCACCAAACGGGGACUGUGGGUGUUCUGUUGCAAGACUCCAACAGGCAGCAGAUCCUGACGUGACAAGGAAGGCAUCCAUCAGAAAGGACUCAACUUUUUUUUUCCAGGAACAGCAUUGUGUAGAGAAGAGCUUGUGAUGCUGUUAACUGGACCACCUAACCUGGGGUUUGUCAUGUGAGUGAGAUCCUUGGGUGCAGUUUCAUUAAUAACACCCCCCCCCCAAUAAUCCUGAGUGUCCACCUCUCCUCCUGCAGUGUGCCAAUGCUGCAAAGAUUUGGGUGGAGUCUAUUUUUGAAGAAUUUUUGAGUGUUGAGGAAGAAAAAGAAAGGGGAGCCCUUUAUCUCCCAUGCUUGCUCGCUCUCUGCAGAAUCUACUGCCCCAUGCUACUGAAACCUGUAUAGGAAAACUAAAAGCAAUAAAUUCAUAAGCGUCUGUUAGCUGUCAUUUGCCAGCAAGAAUUGUAAUGUUGUGGGUGCGCAUUUCAAAGGGAUGAGUUGAUAGAUGGUUGAGAAAUCCUAACAGCGAAAGGAGUGUUGUUGUGUAACUUUUGCAGUGGGUGUGGUGUGACCGAGGUUGUCAAGCUGCUCGUUUGUGCAAUGAACAGACUGUUGCUUUCUGCUCUUUGUUUGGGCUUUGAAGCUCCUAAACCUUCAAGUUCCCCUUUCAUCUCAGUGGGUGCACUUAGGCUACCUUCAUUGAAAUGGCAAGUUCUGAAUGGGGGGGGGGGCAUCUUCAGAGUUUUAAGAGGGUAAUGUGGCCACAUUAUUUGGCAGAAUGGCAUGGGAACAGAUCCUUUUAAUUUUGCUGCUACAGACUAACACACCUAGCCUCUGGAAUUACUAUCUUUAGAUGGAUGUCAGUGCUACCACUGCAGAGCAGACAUGGAGUUCUUGCCUGGGGGAUGACCCCCAUGGCGACUGUAGUGUGCCCUUUUUUUCAUUAUGCCCCUGGGGAAACAUCUGCAGGCCCCCAUUGGUUGCUGUCCAGUCCAAGAAAAGAUUUACCCUCCUUACUGUGGAAUGUGUAAACUGGUCUUCUCAAGAUUGCUCUGAGCAAUGAGGCAAGGGGGAAAGUUAAAUUGCACUGCAGCUUGGUUGGGCUGCAUCAGCCAUGUCCUCCUGACAGGCAUAGGAAAGCCCAGAAGGGAAUGGGUUGAGGGCAGAAAUAAUUUAUAAGAAGACCAUUUUUGCUCAGACAGGAAAAUAGAGGGAGGGUGGAGAUUGAGAAGCAAUGGAAUGGAAUUGUGGCAACAAGGAAGGUAGAAGAAUGGCCACGAGUGCCAUAUAUUGAUUUGCCAGCAUGGCACUUCUGUCCAGUGACCCGCUGACAUCUAGCUUGGGGGCUGAUAGAGUUCUGUGCUGAUGCUGUUUAGGAGAUCCUGUGUUCUCAGACACCUGACCACCCACGUGCAUGAUCCCCCCCCCCCGUGUCAUCAGUGCAGCCUUGCCAAUGGGAUAGCUGGUUUAGCGCAUAAUACUUUGUUUAAGCAUCUUUAGGGGAAGAAUAAAUAGUGACUCGUUAAACUAGCAAGCUGUUGCAUUGUCCCUUGGCAGGCAUCCUGCCCAUCUGUCCUUGCGGAGGGUGAUUCACAAAGAGACAAGCCUGCAGCUUUGCUUUCCUGAGGGAAUAUAUGAGGCCACUCUGGCAUGACGCAUGGGGAAAGAUGGAGAUGAUUUUUGACUAGGGCUGUUUUUGCCAGGAAAGUGAUUUUUAAUGGCCCAGAGGACUUGGUACAGAGAAGAACUCCUUCUGUGAGGGUCUUUUGGCUUUCAGCCUUGUUUAAACUAUUUCCUCAAUAACUUGGUCUCCUUGAGCGCUGAAUACUCCCCAGAUGUGUAGUGCUUUUGCUCCAAGAAUUGAGCAAUCCCAUUUCUUCCUUCACUGUAGGCCCUCCAGAAUUGCACUGGUAUGUGUAUUUUAGAAGAGCCACAAAAGACUGAAACUAAUUCAGCAGAGCUCUCAUUUCUGUGUACAGCAAACAUGUUUUUGUGUCUCCCAAAGCACAUAUAGCGCUUUACAUAAGCAGGAAAAUAAAGAGAUGUCCAUGGUCCCAACGGGGUGGCAAUCUAAAUUUAAACUACGGACAAGGAGGGGCAGGGGGGAGAGAGAGGGCAAGGCCAUGGGACUGAAUUAGAUUGAAUGCUGUUAUACAUAUUUAGAGUGGUUUCAUUUGGGUGUGUGUGAGAAGGAAGGGGUUAAAAUCAAGAGGCUUCAUUGAAAAGCUGGGGCUUGAAGGGGGGGGGGGUUGUACCUGAACCCAGAAUACAAAACAUUGUUUGGCUUGUGAGGAAGAAGGAUUGGACCCUUAUUUUUUAAACUGUUAUGAUAAAGUUGAGAACCUUUCCUUUAAGAAAAAAAAUAUAUAAGCUAUCUCUCAUGCGUACUCUUGGAUUCUUCUUUCAAAGCCAUUGUGUCUCAACAGCACAUAGCUUAUUGUUCAGCUGUACAAAGGCCAGUGAAAAAUCUAGAACAAGCAAUAUUAUGCAGCAAGCGGAGGCUGGCCAGCUACCGCACAACACUUCUGUCUCACUGUCCAUAAUCCUCGUACGUGCUUUGUGGCCAUGGUGACAACAAUGUGGUAGUGACCGCCGGGUGCCUUCUUGUUUCCAUGGAUUUCCCCUUGCCAAGGUCAAACAUAUAAGUGGAUUUGAACCUGUGAUGAACUCUGGACUUUCCACUCCCCUUGCAUCUCCUAGCUUCUUGGCGGCAAAAGAAAUACAGCAUAAAAUUGAUCAUAGAACAGAUAUUAAAGCAACAAACAUUACCGUAGCAUAAAAGGGGCAGUAAUGGACUCCCUUGUACUCAGAUUUUGCGCCUUCUGCUAGAGAGUCCAAGGCUGAAACUCUGAUGCUGGCAACCCUAUAGCAGCAUCAUGUGGAAGUGAGCGAACGGCCAGCAUGCUCUUGCUCCCAAGAGUGUUUGUGUUUAGAAACCUGAAUAUGAGGUAGUGCAUGUACUGCAUUUUAAGGCCGAACUACACGUGGUCCUCUCCAGGUUGGCCCUUUGAACACUCUUAAGUGCUUUCACAUUAUCGUGGCAUAAUUGUUACAACAAUCCUGAAUGGUAGGCCGAUAAUAAUAACCCAUGUAAGGGAAAGGAGUGGGAGGAGAGGUUUGGAUACCACAACCUAAUGAACUAAUUCACCAUAGAGAUGGGAUUAGCAUCAAGAACUUUAUGGUUUGCAGUUUGGUCAAUAUAUACGUGAUUUAAUUCCUCCUUCUACUUGGAACUGAGACUUAUCUGUCCACUGAAAUAUAGUUUUGUAUGACUGGAUCUUUGAAACAGCAGCAUAUAAAUUUCUGAAUAAAUUGAACUUCAUGCCACUGAACACCCCUAGAACAAAGUCAAGCAAUGGAUGUCAUUUUGUAUAGGGGCAAAUAAUGCUAGAUGAUUUAUAAAUAACAUCUCCCCUAGUAGAAUAUCAUGAUUUUACAUAAAUAAAAAUUAAGGAAGUUAUUUAUUUACAGCAUUUGCAUACUGUCUUUUAGUCACAGUGUAUUGCACAGUUGUUCACAAUAAAAUCUGUUUACAGACUCCCAA